AUGGCCACAGCGACGCAAGAAACCAGAGAGCAGCCGCCGCCUGAGAGGACUGCGAACGAUGAAGCUGCUCGGCGUGAAGCCUACGACUACUGGGGUUAUCUGCUGAGGACGGACAAGUGCGGCACACCGAUGCUCGACCGUCUGCUAAAGGGGGUCGCGGAGGUCAUCAGCAAGAAGUUUGAGCCCAGUGACUCGCCCGACCUCACGCCAUCCCAGAUCGCAGCAUGGUACCGUGCAGUCGGCGGCAACUAUGAUAUGCUCUUCACCGAGACAGCGCCCUCGUCGAUCGCCUUCAUCUAUCGUGCCCUCGGCGCAUUCCAUAGCCUCCAGCCCUCGGCGAGUGACGAUGGAUACUCGUCGCCAGCGGUACCAGCACUCAAGAAGCAGGGCUUCGUGACAUGGCAGACCAUACAGUUGCUACUCGGACCACAAGAGCAUGUUCCCUUCCUUCAGAAAUCGGUCGAGCAAUUCGAUGUGAUCGAUCCAGACACGAAGCAGCCUUUCCUCAAGAUACUGCCGAGCGAGUGCUUCCCAGACAAACCGGACGAGGCAAUGGAGGAAUGGUACGAGGGUGUUGCUACUAGACUUCGCAGGGAGGCAGACGAGGAAGCAACCGGAGUACGUGCGGAAAAGGAGCCGCGAGGCGCAGCCGACUUGUCAGGAGACGGAUCGUCGGCAGACGAGAGGACGGGCGCAUUCAAGUACUUCGAGGAUCCCAUGUACCGCAAGGCCAGGCCAAGACCAACGUACAUGCGCCAUGUAUCGAAGGAGCAAGCUCGCGCGAACAACGAUGGACCGAUAGCAAGAGUCAGGCACAUGCUCAAUCCGUGGGCCAGGCGGCGUAGUCUUCCACCAGGCCGGUAUGAGGAUGACAGCCUCUCAGACGAGGAUGCGACCCCCGUUGCACCCAAUCCAAAUCAGCGCUACCCCACCCACAAGCGCCCUCACCCACCUCGACGAGAGAGCUCGCUGUCUACUACAGACUCGGACUCCGAUCCCGAUCAGCCGCCUUCGAGACAACGCACACCUGUCCUCCGUCACCAUAGGUCGCACGAACAACAAGCAGUCUCGCCGAGGGAGUACUUUCCGGCCUAUCAUGAACAACACAGGCCUUUGGCGCCCCAACGUCUAUCGAAUGAGCGGCUGGAUGCCAGGACGUCGAGUGCGCCUUCUCCUGUUCCUAUCUACGGUCCUACAAAGUCUCCCCUCUUCGCCACAACGGUCGCGCAGCAAAUGCAAGCGCGAAACCACUACGAUCGGCCUCUUAUGACUGCGCGGGGAAGCUACAGACCUGUGCCGGCGCCAAACGUCAGAUAUGCAAGUCAUUCGACGUCGGUGAGCCCACAGCACGCCAACCCACCAUACGCGCGCGACCACGACCGCUACGGCCACGGCGACAGAGACACAUCAUACGAAGGUAGUAGCAAUCAUGGGAGCAGCCAAUCGCAUCGCCGGCACUCGUCAACAGGGGAUGCGAUGUACCCACGCGAGCGGUACGAGCGCGACCGUGAGCGUGACGGUGCGCGAACACGCUCCCACGACCGUGUCCAAGAUGAGUGGGACGAGGGCGAACGAGACAGGAGUCGGGGCAAGAGAAACUACGACCGGAGUCGAGAGCACAGCCGCGAGCGAGAGCGGGACCGGCACAGAGCAAGCCACAGGUAUGUCGCAGGCGUCGAGGGCGGUGUCAGCGGGAGGAGGUAUCCUGUCAUGUCUGCCAAUCCUUCUUACUAA